AUGUGUAAAGUAAAUGAGCCCUCUUUAGAGGCUGCGUCAUACACUCCACACAUAUGUAAGUUUGGUAUUAAAACUUAUGAUGAUCCAUUUAACACACGAGCCUUGAUACGUGAGGACAAUAAGGAUAAAGUUGGUAUUUAUUGUUGGUUUAACAAAGUUAACGGUAAAUUCUAUAUAGGUAGCGGUGAUCCUUUAUACGCAAGAUUAAGUGACUACUACCAAGAUUGAUAUUUUUCUACUCGUGCUAAUUUAUACAUAAUUAGAGCUUUAAGUAAACAUAGUAUGUUAAAAUUUUCUCUGGUUAUUUUAGAGUACACCACAAGCGAUAAGCUGAUCGCUUGUGAACAAAAAUGAAUUGAUUUACUAAAACCUGAGUAUAAUCUUAGUCCUAUGGCUGGUAGCUCUAAAGGUUAUAGACAUACAGACGAAUCUUUAGAGAAAAUACGUAAAGCAACCUUAGGUAGAACUCAUACUAGUGAGGUAAGACAACUUAUGAGAGAGUCUCGUAUAGGUGUUAAUAAUCCUUUUUAUGGCAAAAAGCACUCUGAAGAAGCAAUAGCUUCUUUAAGACUUGCUGCUACGAAUAGAACCAAGCCGGCUGUUCCUGGUAUCGAAGUAGAGAUUACAGAUCUUGAAACUAAUAUUACUACGACGUAUGCAUCUAUAAGAAAAGCAGCUGAUGCCAUUAACUCGGAUAUAAAAUCUUUAAGUCGUCGAGAGAAAUUGCAGAUAGAAAAAGGUAUUAACACAGCUUAUAGAAAUAAAUACAUGAUAGUGUUUAAAAGACCUUAA